GUGAGUAGUAUAUGCACAACAUGUUUAACUGAUGAUGAGAUCAUGGAAUCAUCACGUAAUACAUGACAAGUCACAGCUUUAAAUACGGUGCAAGUUCCAGACUUCAUUACCCAGGUUUAGAAGCAAACUGAAUAUAAUGCAAGCCAAAAUAAGGUGUUGGAUAAAAUCAAGGAAUUUGAUCGAUGCAUAAAACGAUGCUUGUAAAGGAAGCAGAACAAUCUGCAAGUUAUAAAAUUCAGAGAGAAUGUUAAUACUGUUGAUAAUUGAACCAGCAUCUGCCAUUUGGUCAUUUUAAACUCAUGUUUUUCCCUCAAAAUUUUCACCAGCCCGGAUGACAUUGACAGUUAUAAUAAACGUCAUAAGAUAAAGCUGAAUUAUUUGAUAUGAAAUAAGUAAGUAAAGUACAAUUGUCAUAGAAAAUGGCUGUCAAAACUUGGUUGCCAUGGUAACCUCACGACGACUAGAGAAUAUUCUUAGUUAAAUUUUAGGAAACCUCGCUCAAUUUGGCGAUCAUAGUUUUGGGAGACCUCAUGGUAAAUUCUGUUGCCAUCUGGGUGUACUUGUAUUUCACCAGGUUCACCAAAGAGCCGGAGGCUGACAAAUUUGCAAGAAGGAAAUCCCGGCCAACUGACCUUAGCGCCAUGUCAAGAAAAUGAUGAUCAAACAUUAAAUCAAGCAGCAGAAGAGCAAAGAUUUUCAAGUGAAAGAACAGGUAACGAAAUUUGUUUUUAACACAUUUGUUCUGUUUAAGCAUAGUUUAAUACAAAUAUGAUAGCACUGUUCAACAAAUAUUUCUUAACACCUUCAACUGACGAGUGUGUUUUAAAACUCUCUUUGGAUGACUUUACGAAUCACCCAAGUGUCUUAGCCAUCAAGUGAAUAGCGCGCUUAAGAUCGACUUUUCAUUCGACCCAGUCAGUAUAUCUUGUGUUGCUGUAUCUCUUGCAAAUUUGAACACUAUGAAAUCUGCUGGCCCAGAUGGAUUAUGGCCAAAAUUGUCCAGCCCCUGUUAUUGCUGGACCUCAAAAGUCCUCGUCCGGUCUGAAAAGGGUUAACAUGGUUAAUUAUGGUGAAAGAAUGAAGGAUGGUAAAUUUUUAAGCUCGGUGAAACAAAUGUGAAAAUGAAAUGAUCAGGAUGUCACGAGCGUGGGUGGGACAAUAAAAAAAUCUGACUCCCUGACAGGAAUCGAACCUAUGACCUCCCAAACAUCGCGCGGGCGGUCUAUCCACUUGAGCGAGGGAGAACUCAUGGAGAGCGAGACCAUACACCUAUUUCAAUAAAGGUUGCUUUUCCGUAGCUCAAGUGGAUAGAGCGCCCGCCCGGUGUUUGGAACGUUAUAGGUUCGAGUCCUGUCGGGGAAUCAGAUUUUUUCUUUGUCCCACGUUCGUGACAUGCUGAUCAUUUCAUUUUGACAUGUUUGAUUCUGUUGCCAUCUGGGUGUACUUGUAUUUCACCGGCCUGGUACACCAGAGAGCCAGAGCCUGACAAAUUUGCAAGGAGGAGAUCCCAGCCAACUGACCUUAAAGCCAUGUCAAGAAAAUGAUGAUCAAACCUUAAAUCAGGCAUCAGAAGAGGAAAGAUUUUCAAGUGAAAGGACGGGUAACAAAAUUUGUUUUUUAAAACAUUUGUUCUUCUUGGGAGACCUCAAAAGUUCUCGUCCGGUCUGAAAAGGGUUAACAUGGUUAAUUCUGUUGCCAUCUGGGUGUACUUGAAUGUAUUUCACCAGAUUUACCAGAGAGCCAGAGCCUGACAAAUUUACAAGAAGGAGAUCCCGGCCAACUGACGUUAGAGCCAUCUCAAGAAAAUGAUUAUCAAAUCUUAAAUCAGGCAGCAGAAGAGAAAAGAUUUUCAAGUGAAAGAACAGGUAACGAAAUUUGUUUUUAAAACAUUUGUUCUUCUUGGGAGACCUCAAAAGUUCUCGUCCGGUCUGAAAAGGGUUAACAUGGUUAAUUCUGUUGCCAUCUGGGUGUACUUGAAUGUAUUUCACCAGAUUUACCAGAGAGCUACCCUGGUACCAGAGGUUUUUUCUCGCGUGCGUCGGGGAGCUUCGUUUCGUCGGCCGCAGGCCGACACGUGUUCGGCCAAAGGCUGAAGACACGGGCCGCGAGAAAAACCCUCUGGCGCAGAGUGCCUUGAUUUACCAUGCUAGAUGGACCUUAAUCUUGUCUUUAAUCUGUCAAUCAAACCGGCGGUCACGAGACUGUUGAGGAACGACACGCUCUAUCUAAAAGAGUCACAUUAACUUUAGGAACACAAGGUGGAGAUUAAAAAUCAUUGCUAAUCUUUUCACAGUGCAGUUCUCUAUAAUUUAUGUAGCUUCAGUUUAAGCUACAAUCCAUUCUUCGAAAUUUGGAUCUUAAAAUCACUAAGGAGAAUUUAACAUCCUGCAAAAACUACUAACGAGCUAGACCCAGCGUGACAAACAUUGCAGGAAACCUUCACAUUCACGGACAAAAGUAAAUCACUUUUUGUUAUUCAGAUCCAGGAGGCAAUUUGGAGAAAAUUAAACAACCUAAAAGUUUAUUUAGCCGCAAGGAAGAAGUUUACGUUUUAAAGGAGAACAAAGAAAAAUAAUUAAUGUUUUCGACUCGCAUCAGAGGGCGAAUCAUUCCGACCAGAAAUAAACCGCAGAAAAUCAAUGCCUGUCACGACCUCUCACCAUAAAACAAGCGACAAAAAUAUUGCACAUUAGCUCAGUCAUAAUCUACCCACAGGAGAAAAAACUCAUUGGAACAAGCAGCAUUUUAGCGCGAGGUAAAUAUCGUGUUUUGGCUGCCGACCACAUAUGCCAAGUAGUAUAACUGGAACGGUAGUGACUUUCUAUCUGGAUGGUCAGCAAGACCGCCAGUAUCAUUAUAUCUCUCCUUUCAGUGUCCUUUGAAUAUAAUUUACAAUGCCCUCUCUUAGUUCCGCACCUAUUUCCUCCACACCAUCGAAUGUUCCAGUGACGUCGGCUAUUGCCUUAUCUAAAUCUUCCGUACAUACAGGCAUCUGAUAUUUCUAAUUCUAAACGUACGUGAUGUGUGCUUGGAUUGUUUGGAUUUGAUCUUUGUCACCUUCAAACCACCCGCGUCCCGAUCACCCGCCUAUUGCGAUUGUAAUUCAAUCAGAGCAUUUGAAACAUUUGAUAUCUCCAAGGAGCCAAUCAGCAAAACAUCCAGAUUCUGGAUGUUUUGGUAUAAGCGGGGUUGUGAUUGCCUCGGCGCUAUCAAAGGGAUGGCGCUCUAGUCCAGAGGCUUUUCGAGCGGGUCACUUUUUAAGACUUGACCGAAACCGGAAACCGCGCAUGAAAAGCUUGUGGUACCCAGGGUACCAGAGAGCCAGAGCCUAAAAAAAAUUUGCAAAAACAAGAUCCUGGCCAACUAACCUUAAAACUAUGUCAAGAAAAUAAUGAUCAAACCUUAAAUCAAGCAGCCGAAAAGGAAGAUCUUCAAGUGAAAGAACAGGUAACGAAAUUGUUUUUAAAACAUUUGUUUUAAGCAUAGUUUAAUGGCUUUAUACCUGCCAACUUUUUCUGAGAUAUAAGCGUGAGAUUUUUAUCCUGGGAGUGCUGGGAUUUUUGGAGACGACACGAUCAUUUCCGAAGAUUCCCAAAGAAGUCUGAAGUCUUCCGAAGAAGUCCGAAGUCUUCCGAAGACGUCCGAAGUCUGCCGAAGGUUAAGUUAUCGAGAAAACGCUUAUCCACAAAAUCAGAGAUGGCGAGAAAGGUAUUGUCAUUUAUUCAUUUUACACAUGGUUUUCGUUCCUUAAAUGGGUCUGAGUUAACAUAUUUUUGGAAAUUGUGUCAAGCAAGACGGCAACAACUCACAUUUUUCAAUCAGGCGUGAGAAAUUGGCCCAGAAGCGUGAGUUUUCAACCCGCAGGCGUGAGACUCACGCCUAAGACGUGAGAGUUGGUAGGUAUAUGGUUUCAUGUUUUGCAACGAAAGGUCCAAUGCAAUAAAUAUGAUAGCACUGUUCAACAAAUAUUUCUCAACACCUUCAAUUGACGAGUGUGUUCGAGAACUCUCUUUGGAUGACUUUAUGAAUUACCCUAGAGUCUUAGCCAUCAAGAAUAGCGCGCUCAAGAUCGACUUUUCAUUCGAGCCACUUAGUAUAUCUCGUGUUGCUGAAUGUCUUGCUAAUUUGAACACGAUGAAAUCUGAUGGCACAGAUGGAUUAUCGCCAAAAUUGCUUAAGCUUUCAGCCCUGUUAUUUCUGGGCCUCUUAGAAAGUUAUUUAAUCACUGUAUCACCUCAUGUGUGUGGCCUAGUCAAUGGAAACUUUCUAAUGUGACACCUGUCUACAAGAAAGAGGAUGAAACAUUCAAGUCCAAUUAUCGCCCCAAUAGUGUCCUUUCAAUCUUUCCCUAAGGUCUUCGAACAGCUGAAAAUGUGUCAUUUCACAUCUCUAUUCUCGAAAAACAUGUCCGGUUUUCUUCGCGGACAUUCAUGUUGUACUGCCUUACUCAAACUAACGGAAGACUGGCGCUAAGCCCUGGACUUGAAAAAGGAUGUAGGGGUGAUUGCAGUUGAUUUAUCAAAAGCAUAUGACUCAAAAUGCCAUGACCUAUUACUUGCUAAGUUACGAGCAUAUGGCUGUCAGGACUCUGUCAUUAGGCCAAGAGAUAAAGAGCUAGCUCAUUCUCUCUUGAUUAGGCUCAUUCAUGCAUUCGUAUUUCACCGGCCUUUUCCAAAGAGUGAAAUACAAUGGGAAUUCUUCUGAGUGGCUAACUGUUCGGUGUGGAGUUCCUCAAGGCAGCCUGUUAGGCCCCCUUUUUUCAAUAUUUUCAUUAAUGAUGUUAAUACUACAGUUGGCACUCUGUCUAUACGAAGGUGACACAACCCAGUAGUCAGAUAACGUGUCUCCUGAUGUUCUUGAAUCAUAAUGUUAUAAAACUGACCCAACGGUUCUCCGUUAACCAUCUUCAAGUCAAUGCAGCCAAGAGGCUAGGCUCAAGCAAUGACUCUAGGCAGUUCACAUACCGCUUAUCAGUUGAGGAGCAGAUCUGAUUUACUGGCAUUGAGCCUGCUCUUAAAAUUCUUGGCGUCAGUUUGGACAAGGACCUGUCUUAUAUGCCUCUUGUGGACAUUAUGCUAAAAAAGCUUAAUAUGCUAAAAUUGCGGCUUUGCGCAAAAUAAAGCGAUUAAUUAGUUCCUCAAAAUGUGAUGAUCACCUUAUACAAAGCCUAUGUGGUACCGAACUUUGAAUACUGUUCUCCCCUGCCCCUGGGGAUUUGGCGAACAUUGAUCAACAAACUCUAACGCGCCAAUCAGUCAUUUAAGAUGCCUGUCUAUCUAUUGCCUCAUGCAAUGACCUCACUCGAGCAAAGACUACAAAAGACUCUAGACCAAAGAUAAAGACCAAGACUGUUUCAAAUCAUUAACAGUUUCACUUGUCUGUCGCUACUGAUUUUAUAAUUUAGGUGCUGACAGAAUCAGAGAUGCGGUUUUUGAUGUCUUUGUUUUGAUCUCAGAGAAACACACUUUGAUCGGCGCACAAAAUUGUUCGAUCGUGACGAAUCACUGCGACGUUAAGAAAAACAGAACCAAGUACCACAGGUCUACGACUCCACUGUAAGCAGCCCGUGAAUAAAAAAGAAACGUAGACUUCGCUGCUUUCCAAAAAUAUGCCUUACACAUUAAAAACAGUUCAAAAACAUGGCAGUCACAGGAUGUUACUCGUACUUGUGCCUUUCUAAGUCCGUUGGAACAAGCUGGACCAGUAAACGGUCGUGUUUAUCGUUACCGUGAAUCAAGAUAAAAUACAAAAAGGAAUAUAGCCGAAUUCUUUAACGUUUCUUUCGCCAGAAGAUUAGUUUGGUCACGAAACUCAUGGCCAUGCUGUUGUAAUCGUUUAAUCGUAAAAUCAGCCGCAACCAACUCGACAGCCGUUUCAUUAUAUGUUCACAUACUUUGAGCACACAAAAAAAUUCAAGAGCCAGCACCCUUUAAAACAACUCAGCAAAAACGUUUUGUGAACUAUAAGGAAAAUUCCAGCUAAGAUUCCAUCAAUGACUGUGGAAUAGCCACAAUUCUGCCACCGGAAAGGCCGCUGAUAAGAGGACACUGUAAAUCCAUGAAGAAAAAAGUCCAAGAGCAAAAAAUUUCCAAAAUAAAGCAAAAAACGUCUUCUGUAAUCACCAUAGAACGAUUCUUAAUACAAAACUUCGCUAACUAUCAAACGAUGGCUGAGAUUUAAAUAGAUAAAAACAGCCUUCCAAAAUCUCAGACAGAACUUGAAAACUUUGGGCCACCUUUCUCAACUUUGUUGUCAUUGGCUCGCGCAUGCGCCACCGGUGACAGCUCCAUAAAGAGGUGCCCCCCUAAAGAACACAAACUAGCUUCCUUAAAGUGUUUUUGCUUCAGUGCGCUUGCGGGCAAAAGAGCACAAGGAGAUAAAUUACGUUUGCGUAGAGAAGCUCCACGUUCGUACUAAUUCCGCGCUGAUGUUGCCGUCUUUCUUCUCUAAAGGGCAAAAAUAGCUACUAAAACGAUUAAAACUUGCACUAGCUAAAACUACGAUGCGAAUAGCAGUUCAAGAACACUUAUUGAUACCCAACUACAUUCUAAAGCGGCAAUGAUAUUUUUAGCCAUUUCCUUCUUUGUCUCAGUUUUUUUCGUUUUGUUUCCAAUAGUACCAAGUGAAAUCAUAGCUCGAGGACCUGAGGCGAAACGUGCUUACGAAAAUGCUUUGAAGAAUGGAAAGGUAAAGGUGUAUCAUGCUCGAAUCAUGCUCAUCGGCCAAGAUGGAGCGGGAAAGACGAGUUUAAAAAAACAUCUGCUUGGCCUGCCAUUUGACCCAGAAGAAGAGAGUACACACGAGGUAGAAGUUGACCCAUCAGUAUUUGAAUUUGACGUCGAUCACGCCACGAAUUGGAAGAUCAGCAGUAAAAAGCUCGAUGUCUCUCAUUUUGUCAACAAGCUUGCAAAGAUGGUUGCAGAAGAACUUCAGGAACAGAAAAUCAACGUGAACCAGGAAGGACAAGAUGAAGAAAACAGGGUAAGCAAAAUGUCCUUACAAUCACCUCGCAAAAAUUAGUUUCGCUUAUUUACGUAGUUCGCAUUGGCCCCUGUUGUUCAAUCGUUGGAAAGCAAUAUCAACUGGAUUAAUCAAUAUCCAGUUAAAUAAGUAUUAGGUUAAGCAACUGAGUCAUUCUCUGGAGAAUUAUCCAGUGAAUAGCUUAAUCCACCUUUAUUUGAAUACUGGGGCCUGUUUACUAAGUGUCUAACCUAAAAUAAUGGAAGUAAGAAGCCUGAUCUAUAAGACUCCACACUUGAAGGAUACUCACAUCAAUAACUCUUCGCUAAUUUUGCCAAAUUUUCCGAAAUUAACAAUACCAAUAUGCGGGCAAACGCUGUUAAAAAAACUAAAAUACAGUACGGUCUAAAUAGUAGUAUAGGGCGCACCGUUGAGGCCGUUUUUUGAAGUGGAAUCUCUUAUCAUAAUAGGGCGAAAUACAAUACGUUGACGCCGAUGACGUCAUCACCUUUUUUCUUUAUCUCAUGCUUGUAAUCAGUAUUUUUACUAAACUGUCGUCUGGUGCUAUUUUAGGUUGUUUAUUAUAACCGGUUGAAGAGUUCCAGGUUUUUAACUAUUUUUUCCUCGAUUUGUUUAUUCUUUUUUUUAAGGAAGGAAUACGCACCAAACCUAGAAUAACUAGACGGUAACAUAACUAUUCAAGUUUUAAUUCAUGCAAAUGACAUUCUGCCUAUUCCUUUUACUGUAUUUCGGCAAGCAUUUUGUGCACAUUAAUGUCUGGGCUAUAGGAAAGUAGUUCUUUCAACAACUAACAUAAUAGUGUUUUGCCAAAUGUUUUAUUCACCCUUUUCCCAUUCCUAGUAAUUCUUUCUUCAUAUAAUUAGAAUAUUUCCAUACAAACAAAGAAGCAAGGCACCGAAGGAGCUGGAUUUCAUUCUCACAUACCUAAAAAUUUGGAAAACGUGAUUGAAGAACGUACGAAUGGCAUACCCGACGUGAAUAUCGAAGGAGCUUCUCAUCCAGAAGACGUAACAGAAAUAAUGUCAACAGAAGCGACAAUUCCCCUACCAGAGUUGAAGAUUGAUCCAGCCCGUCCUCCAGAAGACUUUACAGAAACACUUGUUCAGCAUUUAAAGGGAUUAAAUCGGAAAAAAGAUGCGAAAGAAACUAAACAUCACACGACGCUAGAUCUAUGGGACUUUGCAGGGCAACGUCUUUAUUACGCUUCAUAUCCUGUGUUUUUGUCGAAAAGAGCGAUUUAUCUGUUGGUCUACAAUUUGAACAAGCCACUUGCAGCGGAGGCACAACCCUCUUUUGAACAAGGAAGUCGCAAAGUACCUCUAAGAAACACAUAUUCUGACACACAUUUAGACAACCUCAUGUCAUGGCUUGCUUCAGUAAGUACUAUGUGUUCAAAGCAAAAGAAGGUUGAUACAAAGAAAGAGAGGGAGCUCGAAUACCUACGUCCUCCAGUAUUCAUUGUAGGAACGCAUGCUGAUGAGCCAUAUAGAAGUAAUAUCAAAGACAUUGAAUCACAGAUCCAAAAAGCGAUUUCAGGAAAAAGCUUUGCAAAGCACGUGAUUCGUCCUUUCUUUGCAAUAUCUAACAAGUCAGGUUCAGACGAAAAGCAGCUCGUCGACCUCAAAGACCAAAUAAUGGAGGUGCUAAAGCAGGAGCCAUAUAUGGGAGAGGAGUUGCCUCUUCGGUAAGCUGCAAAGCAGUUUCAUCAUGUCUUAUAUUAUCAUAUUUCCAGGCUGUGAAAGUUUUGAGUUCUUUUUCUUCUGCGUGGAUCUUGAACCUUACAACCAGUUUGAAAAAUAUUGAGACACUUGGACAAAAAACCGUCUUUUUACAUCAAAUGGCUGCUAGUCUCACAUCUCUGAGAUACAGAUUUAUGUCCAGAAAUGCACACAAUGGCGAAAAUGUUGAAUCUGGCGAUUUUGGCUGACGAAAAUGCAAAUGAGAUUUCAAAAGGUAUCCUUGUAAAGUAGAGACUUUGAUGAAAGUGGCGAAUCUGACAAAUAUUAGGUUUAGAUGCCAAAUGUGAUCCCUUGAAGAUAAGCGAUUAUGACAAAAAUGGCGAGAAUAAUGAAACCAGCCAGACGAGUCUGGCAAAAAAAUUUUUAAAAAAAAUGCUAGAAGGUUAAGAGGGGCUAUUUUGACGGAAAAACCAAACAUUAUGUUAAGGCAUAAUGUCAUUUAUGUCGAUACAAUAUGCCUUUCUGGUCUACAAGGUUGGUCUUCCAUCAAUGUAGCCUCUCUUUCAAGAGCCAAUCAUUCGCAUCGUCCUAAGGGAGUGUUCGUAAAAAGGAGCAAGCAUUCCCGCAUUCGCUCUCUCUUGCUCUCACCAUCGGUGGUUACAUCUCUUCGGAGACAAAUUGCCCCUCACUCCCAUCCCUCUUUGCCAUGACUCGGGAGAUCUUCUAUGCCACGCAAUUUCCGUUAGAAUCGCCAGUUUUCAAGAGGCGCCUUUGGAAACGUGACUAGAAUUUUCGUUAAACCUUUGGCCAAUUAUUGCCAAAUCACCAUUUCCACCAUAUUCGUCAUUUUCGUCAAUUUUAGGGGCUCUGAUCUUUGGACAUGUAAUGAGAAUUCUCUUUAAACCAGUUACUAGGCAAUUUUUCGUCAAAUCAUCAUUUUCGCAAAAUUCGUCAGACGCCAAUUUUUGAAGUAGCCUGCGAGCAAGCUCUCUGGGGCGCUCUGGCGGCUGGACAGGGAAAGGAAGGAGAGCUUGCAACUACGUCUCUGGAAUUUGAAUCCUGCCUUUAAUUCCCCUGUGGCUCCCCUUCAACUAAGCUGUCAGAUUUCCGCCUAUCAGCGGGAAGCGGAAACGAUCGCGAAUGUAAACAAACAUUGAAAAACACUGCGCAAAGGGUAAUGACAUUAUUAAUGUCAUAUGCUAAAAACCCGAUGCCUCAUUGCGCGGCCCCCCCUCCCUUCCGCCCCCCCCCCGACAGCGCCCCCGGGAGGUUUCGCUCCCGGCUUUUUUUCAAGGGGCACAUUUAAACAAAUUUCCCUUAACCCUUUUUGCCAAAAUUCUUUUUUUUGCGACCCCCCCCCCCCCACCCCUUGGAAUUGUAGUUAAAAUUUUCAUUUGACGCCAAUGUCACCAUGUUUGCCAUUUUUGUCAAAAUCGUGACUUUAAAAAAGGCCUCUUUGAACAUCUUUGAAUUUUCGCCAAACCUUUACCCGUGCUCGUUUCACUACCCCUGUCUCUUGUUUAAGUUACAUCGUAUUUAAAAAACUUUUCAACACAUGUACACCUUUUAAAAUUUAUCCAAGGUAAUGACCUUCAUGAUGUGUGUUAUAUUGUCUCAAUUUCAUUCAGAAUGCCGUUAAAUUUUCAGCUACACCUAACCGAUGGACAAGUCAAAAUGACGUUAUUACGACUCAAAAAUAACCUCAGCGUAGAUAUUUCUGACGCUUACCCCUCUUACCUUUAUUCUGCAGGUGGUUUAAUUUUGAGAAGGUCAUUAAACACUUGGUUGCAGCGAACAUGUAUUACAUGGACCUGAAUGAUCUACGAACCUAUGUUCGGAACUUUUGCUUCAUCGAAGACGAGAAGGAGAUGGACACCAUGCUGGAUUUUUAUCAUGACCUUGGCAACAUUGUCAAACACCGAAACACAGUUAUACUGCAACCCCAAUGGCUGAUUGAUAUUUUCAGGAAACUUAUAACCAUCCGUCAUUUCAACGAUAUGGUAAUUAAAAAGUAAAACUUUUCGGAUAAGUGAUGAUUUCCGUGGUAUUUACUAUUAUGAACAUGGUUAAGGUGGGUUACAUUAAAAUUAUGCAACAUCGCAGAAAUUCGUUACCACACAGCUUAUUCGCUACAGGCUUACCGGGUAAGGGGGACGGGAUCCCUCAAAAAACGCUCUGUUCCAUGGGAAGCAGCCCUUAAGAAAAGACUAAAACACGAAAAGAAAGUCAAACCAAAGAGUACUGAAACCACGACAGUCGUUUUCAAAUGUCAGUCUAAAUGCGCACAUGUCAAAUCUAGAUGCGUGCAUGGUGUCGAUACCUGCAUGUUAUUCAAUCUUCAUCCCAGUGCCUUCAUUGAUUUUUUUUCAUGGCGUCCACUGUGAGCUGGGAAACUGAGAUCUCUAUACAUUUUUGAUAAAAAGAUAAGUUCAGUACUGGAAUCUUAUCUUCGUAACACUAUGUGACAGAGUAGAUUGUAUAGCCUCCCUGACGUCCACAUUGAGCACUCUUAUGAAACAUUGUGAACAGAACGGACGACGCCACGGGAGGAAUGAACUUUCAGAGUGAGUUUCUCAUUUCACCAGAUCAAAUAGACUCCUUAUUAACCGUAGAGACUAUGCGAGGUUUCACUGAAAAUAACUUGAAUUCUUACUGUAUCACUAAGCGUGAGAGUUGUAAACGUUUUUGUUUUUUAUACGAUGUAAGUACUUUUGUAUCCCUUUUACAACACCAAAGCGUUAGUGCAUUAUGUAAUUUCUUCGGGCAAGGUCGCCGACGCUGCUUCCUCCAAGCCAAAGUCCGAACUAUGAGCUUACGUAAGGUCAUUUAAAGGUACAAUAUUUCAAACAGCUGAUAAAAAGGUGUUUUUAAUUAAUAUUUUGAGGAUGCGCGCGAUUAAAUUUAAGAACACCACGUCUAUAUUUUUUUUUGUGGUAACAUAUUCGUUCAAUUUCCACAGAAAUCCAAACAUUCCCAACUGUGGGAAACAAUGGAGAAAACAGGUGUUCUCUCAAUGGAAAUCGUCGAUCAUGUGUUUUCCAAAUUUUGUCAGGAAAGUUUUGCCAAAGAAAACAUCUUACACUUGAUGGAACAGUGUGGUUUGAUUGCUAAGUAUGCAUUUCCUAUACACGAUGUGAAGUACUUUGUUCCAGCGCAACUACGUUUACCACCUGGACAAUGCCAUUUGAAACCGGCGCUGACAGACCCAUGCCCCUUAUAUCUUCAGUUUCCAUCUGGAUUUGUUCCACACGGGCUUUUUACGCAACUUGUAUCGCGUUGUAUCAGUUGGUGUUCCAAAAUUGAAUUCAAGGAAGAACCCUGCCUCUUUGAUGGGGUAGCCAAGUUUACAAUGCUGUCAAAGGAUUUCCGCCACCAGCUAAUCUGUGUUCGCAUGAAAAGUUUCAUCAAGUUUCUCCUACGUCCUUUUAAAACACCGCAGGGUCAAGGGCCUCCACUGACAGAAAUUGAAGAAAUGGCUGCUCUCGUGUGGAGAUUUCUAAAACAGACAAUGACUUCUUUGUUGGAUGAGUGGCCCUUCUUGACCAGUUUGGAAUAUAAUUGGUGCGUCGCAUGUCCCGAGUGCUCUGGGGAGUACAGCAUUUGUGAUAGCCACGGCAAAGUGGCAUGUAGGCUCGAUGAUUGUUUGUGCCUUCUCAAAAUUCUGCAAGACGGGCAAAUCGAUAUCUGCCGAAAGAGCUUCGAGAAUAAAACUAAAAAUGUUCCAGGACUGGAAAAAUGGUUUCCAAUCAAAGGUGAGGAAAAACUUUCUGUAACCACCAGAAAUUACUUUCAUUUCACCAAAAUCCUCGGACAUUGCUCUCUAAGAUCGUCUUCACCAUGAAUAACUUGCCUUGGUGAUAUAAAACUGCUCCCCUAAAAGCAAGUACAUUACUACCAUAUAUGGGCUAUACAGGCAUAUCCCGCUGUAAAGGGUAUGGUUUUCAAUCAGUUUACUUUGGGAUAGGGUAUAAAAAUCAGAGACCUUGGGUGUAGAAUAGGGUAUCAUUUUCCAGGAAGCUGAUCAAUUGGUUGAAGAUUUUAGGCUAGACUAGGGAAACCGGGAAUUGCCACUCAAAAAUAUAAAAAAUCAAAUCGGCAAGUUUAAAUUGACGUAACUCAGCCUAAAAGCUACUCUAGGAUAGGAGGGAUUUGGGAAGUUUAGGCUAGUAUAGGGAACCAGAAUUCGUCUGCGGUCCAAAACCGGUCGGCAACCAGGAAACGUGCCCUGCUUCGCUCCCUGUUUUGGAUCAUCAAUCUUAAUGAACAUUCUUUUUUUUUUACGUAGCCGUUCGCCCAGGUCACCACCCUGGAACAGACUUUGUCUACAAAAUGACUGCUCUUCCAAGAGGGAUUGUACUGAUAAUUAAUAACAAGAUGUUUGCAGAUAAUACUGAACAUGGCAGACAAGCACCACGUCACGGCUCAGAGGAAGAUGUCCGUCAAGUUAAAGAAAUGUUCAGCGCUCUGGGAUUUGAAGUACACGUUAGUCAGAAUCGGACCAAAAAAGAGAUGUUGGACGAGGUAGAUUUUUUUGCGCACGAAAAGGACCACAGUGACUACGAUUGUUUUGUGCUCUGGCUCAUGAGUCAUGGAAGAAGUGGCGAAGUGUUUGGCUCUGAUGGUGUUCCGUUGCCAAUCCAGACAAUAAAAGAUAUGCUUUCCAACGCCAGCUGUGCAACACUAAGGGGAAAACCAAAGCUCCUUUUUGUUCAAGCAUGCAGAGGGGAUAAAGAGGACGAAGGGGUUAACCUCGUGACUAAUGCAUGUGGUUCGCCCUCUGUUCAAAUGCCUUCUCCCUCUCCUGAUUCGCCGAUUGAUCAAACGAAAAGUCCCUCUCCGGAGAGGAUGGCUGGGCAAACAGAUUUCCUAACUGCGUACUCAACAGUCGAGGGAUACGUGUCAUAUAGAUAUCCCAACCUAGGAAGUAAUUUUGUUCGCGUACUUGUGAAAGUUUUCCGAGAACAUGUUGCUCACGACCACCUCGUUAACCUCCUGACCAAAGUAAUCAAAAGAGUCAGCGACAUGGAAUCAACAGAAAAUGCCCGCAAAUUUAAACAAGCACCUCAGUUUGAAACCACCCUUGUUAAAGAACUUUGGUUUUAA